AUGAAAUUUGCAUCUCAAAUGCUUUUGAUUAUAUCGAUUGAAGAUGCUUUAAGACUUAAGAAAUUCAGUCAAAUCGAAACAAAAAAAAAGAAUCCCGCACGACAUGUGAAUAAGCUUGGAAUUGAAAUUAUUUUCAAGCGUAAUGGAGGGAAGGAGGGAAAAAGGCAACGAAAAUAUUGA